UUCAUUCUUCCGGUUUCUCUUUCUCUGAUCAUCUUUCAUGGUUGAAUGAAAUGCCGAAUAAUUUCUCAAGUUCUUGAUUCACUCAGAUGUUUUCUUUCCAGAUUUUGAUGUUCUUCUUAAGCUGAAUCUGGGUAUCUGUUCAUGGAGUUUUGUUUGAGAGAAAUCGAAGGAGAACAAGCUCAUGAUCCCAUAUUUAUCGACAAGAAGAUGAACUCGCCGCCGUCGUCUCGUUGCUUAUACGUUCCGGGGCCGGUGAUAGUCGGCUCCGGCCCGUCGGGUCUAGCGACGGCGGCUUGCCUGAAAGCGAAAGGAGUCCCGAGCGUAAUCCUCGAGAGAUCGAACUGCAUAGCGUCCUUAUGGCAGCUCAAAACGUACGACCGCCUCCGCCUUCACUUGCCGAAGAAAUUCUGCCAGCUUCCACUGAUGGCGUUCCCCGCUGAUGUCCCCACUUACCCCACCAAGCAGCAGUUCGUGGACUACUUGGAAGCCUACGCCCGGAGGUUCGACAUCGAGCCGAGGUUCGGCGAGACGGUCUCGGAGGCGGAGUACGACGGGGCGUUGGGGUUCUGGCGCGUGAGAAGCGUGGGACCCAAAGGGGAGUUAAUGGAAUACGUCUGUCGGUGGUUGGUGGUGGCGACCGGGGAGAAUGCGGAGACGGUGACGCCGGAGGUGGAAGGGAUGGCGGAAUUCGGCGGGGAAAUAAAACAUACGAGCUCGUACAAGAGUGGCGAAGAGUUUACGGGAAAAAGGGUUUUGGUGGUGGGGUGUGGGAAUUCAGGCAUGGAGGUGUGCUUGGAUCUCUGCAAUCAUAAUGCAAAGCCUUCGCUUGUGGUCAGAGAUACAUGUCCAUUCAAACAGUUUCUUUUUCUUUGGAAGGUCUAUGUCCUCCCACAAGAGAUGCUAGGGAUAUCGACUUUCGAGUUGUCCAUGUGGCUGCUCAAAUGGCUGCCGUUACGGCUCGUCGACCGACUGUUGUUGGUCAUGUCCCGGUUGAUGCUCGGUGACACGGCUCGAUUCGGAUUGCCCCGGCCGGAGUUGGGUCCACUGGAGCUGAAGAAUCUGUCGGGGAAAACACCGGUUUUGGAUGUUGGAACGCUUGCUAAAAUCAAAAGUGGAGACAUUAAGGUACGUCCAAGUAUAAAGUGCCUAAAGCGACACGCCGUGGAGUUUGUCGAUGGCAAAACCGAGAGCUUUGAUGCAAUCAUAUUAGCAACCGGAUAUAAAAGCAAUGUACCCUCGUGGCUAAAGGAAAAAGAGAUGUUCUCGGAGAAAGACGGGUACCCUCGGCGGCCGUUCCCCGACGGGUGGAAAGGCGAACGUGGGCUAUACGCCGUGGGGUUCACUAAACGUGGAUUGGUCGGUACAUCGAUGGAUGCUACGAGGAUCGCAUGCGACAUUCAACGGUGUUGGAACGACGAGGCGAAGCAUCGUUUGCCCCAAUGAUAAUCACAUUGAUCGUUUUCGAAGUAAGACGAGAGAUAGAAACAGAUUUUUGGUUAGUAAAGCAUACAUACUACGUAUGGGCAGGUGUGGAUUUCGAUAUCUGAUAUUUACUCGUAUCUAGAGCUCGAUCGAACGUCGUCAUCGGCUCCGAUUAAAAAAGGAAAAGUUCGAGAAAAGAGGUGGGGGAGGCCUUAGAAUGUGUUAGAUAUUGUACAUUAUGAACACUAUUUCAUUUUUUUUUCUGUAAUUAGGCAUUAUUUUUUUGUUGGG